CUCCCUCCACCCGCGCGCUGGGACUCGGUGGCGGCCGGUGCAGGAGACGGUUGCGGCGGCUGCGGGGAUCGGCUCGUCCUCACCCGGGAGCGGCCAUGGCGCGGCGCCGCUAGGUUUCCCUGCGGGGUCGGGUCGAGCCGGGGCCGCUCCGCGAGUCGCAGGCCGGGAUGGGGCCGGGGGGCGGCCGGCAGGGCCCGGAGGCAGCGGGAGGCCGAGCGUCCUGCCGGGCCGCCGCGCUGCUGCUCCUGCUGCUCCUGGCCGCGCCCGCCGGGCUGCGCGCCGCCCUGGAGGAAGAGACCGGCAGGAACAAGGAGCCGCCGGCGCCGCUACAGCAGCAGCAGCCGCAGCCCGCGGUGCAGGGGCUAGAUCCGGCCCGGGCCGAGAAAUGGCCCACGGCAGUUCCUCCAGUUCAUCUUAUCAGUGAAGAAUCUGCUGAUAAAACUAAUUUGGGGUUUAUUCAUGCUUUUGUGGCUGCCAUAUCAGUCAUCAUUGUGUCAGAACUGGGGGAUAAGACCUUCUUUAUUGCAGCCAUCAUGGCAAUGCGUUAUAAUCGUUUGACUGUAAUGGCUGGUGCCAUGCUUGCCUUAGGACUGAUGACAUGCUUAUCAGUUUUAUUUGGCUAUGCCACCACAGUUAUCCCCCGAGUGUACACAUACUAUGCGUCAACUGCACUGUUUGCAAUUUUUGGCAUCAGAAUGCUUCGGGAAGGCUUGAAGAUGAGCCCAGAUGAGGGUCAGGAGGAGCUGGAGGAAGUUCAAGCAGAAAUCAAGAAAAAAGAUGAAGAAUUCCAGAGAACAAAACUAUUAAAUGGGCCAGGAGAUGUGGAAACAGGGACAGGCACAAAUAUACCUCAGAAGAAGUGGCUGCAUUUUAUUUCUCCAAUUUUUGUUCAAGCUUUUACUUUAACGUUCGUAGCAGAAUGGGGUGAUCGUUCUCAAUUGACAACAAUAGUCCUGGCAGCAAGAGAGGAUCCCUAUGGUGUGGCAGUGGGAGGAACAGUAGGACACUGUCUUUGCACUGGGUUAGCAGUUAUUGGAGGAAGGAUGAUAGCACAAAAAAUUUCUGUUAGGACUGUGACAAUCAUAGGAGGCAUUGUUUUCUUGGCGUUUGCAUUCUCUGCACUAUUUAUAAGCCCGGAGUCUGGUUUUUAACAAGCUUUUUUUCAUUGUCUUUAAAAGAGCAAGGAUUGGGAGGAACAAGCUUGUCCUUGUGUGUUGCUGUAUAUAAUGUACAGGUAUUGUUGCUAAACAAGCACUGAAAAUGAGAUACUGCACUUCUAUAGCAAUGAUUUGUCAGUUUGGCACAUUCAUGGACCCUGUGCCAUGAAGAUCUGCUUCCUGUCUGGUUUGCAAGGUGUAUUUAAGUGGUGGUUGGGUGACUCACAGGAUUUGAGUCGCUUUCUUGCUUGCUGAACCUGAUCAGAUGGCUUUUGAGGAUCUGCAUCCACAAACAUGAGGCUUCCUUCCUCUGUUCCACAUGAUCACUAUUGCUGUCUGUUCUAGAGCUUAUCCAUCUGGCUAACUGAGCAGCUGCCUUGCCAACAGGCAUUUAUGAUGUUACAAAUUUCCCAAUAACCAGUAUGAGAGAGAAAAUCAUUGACUCUCACACUUCACUUCCAGGAUACCCUAGUAGCCUAAGAAACCUGAGGGCAGUUCCCAAGCCAUUAAGUGACUGAACCACCUAUUGAAACGUUUAGAAUUAAUUUUAAAAAAGCAAAUAUCUUAAUCAGGGGCAUUUGGUAUGAAGUCAACAAAAGUGCUGACUCACGAUGUACUGUUUUCAACAACAGACAAUCUGGCUAGAUCUGAUUUUUCUUUUCUUAACCAAUUCUUUUUUGUAUUAAGUUGAAAACUUAUAAUAUACAUCAUAGUAAUAAAAUGGUCAAUAUUUGACAAUGCUGCAUUCCCAAAUUUGAACAAUAAUGCAAUUCUUACAGAUUAAGAUGUGUUAUUUUCUUUAAUAGUGUAAUGGGGGGAAUGUAAAUAAAACAGUGGUGUCUCCAUUUUAGUUACUUUCAACUUCUUUUUUGAUGGUGGUUCAUUUAAUUCCCUUAGCAGAGAGCGAGGUAAUGGCUUCUUGCGUGCACUGAGGGAGAGGCUCGCUUCUUAUCCAGGUAUGGUUGAAAAGGGAAGCGAUGUUGAUUUUGUGGCUGGAGUGAUAAGAUGUCAUGACAACUUUGCACAGCUUUAUUACCGGAAUAUAUCUGUAAGCACUCUGCCGUUUAUGCAAUGUGGAGUUGGCUUCUGAAUUCACACCAGGUGCAUGGCGUAUAAUGAAAUGUUUUAAGCUGAAAUACAUGAAGUAGCAGACUUCUGUAAAGUGCAGUCCGUGAUGGUUGGCUUUAGCAGGUGCUCUAGGACCAGGGGUGAAAGUGAGCUGCACCGACCCAUACCCAGCCCACAUUAAAGUGCUGCUGCGGCAGUGCUUUAAUGUCCCUGCCUCUUUUGCCUCCCCUGUCGGCAGCCCUGCUGGUAGGGUCCAUCCUGGCAGGGCCAUCGACUGGGGAUGGGCAGCGACGUUAAAACACUGCCGUGGAAAAGGGCCCUGCAGCGCCCUAAUGUCCCUGCCCUGUCUCCUCCUCCUCUCCCCCCCACCCUCCUGCAGCCUCCGACGGGCGGGGCAAAGGGAGCAGUUGCCCUGGGGCUGGCAAUUUAAAAGGGCCCGGGGCUCCGGACGCUGCUGCCGCUAGUGCAGCAUCAGUGUCUGGAGCCCCAGGCCCUUUAAAUCAACUUGGGAGCUCCAGGUGGCACAGGCCAGGUGGCCUGAAAGGGCUGGUUAGGGGAUGCUGACCCCCCCAGCCCCAUCCCUUCCGCCCGAGGCCCCGUCCCUUCCGGGGGCCAGAGCCGUCCCCCCGGCCCAUACCAGUAAGUGUCCUGACUUACUUUCACCCCUGCCUAGGACAAAUAUAAAUACUGAGUCUGACAAAGUGAAGACUUGAAUAGUUGUAGGCUUGAAGUGUAACUUUCAGAAACACUUGAACUUGAAACUUCUUGGGGCAGGCAAAACUUGACCAAAAAAGCAAUUGUCUAGCUGCCCUCAGAUUAUAUAGUAUGUAUGUACCAAAGAAACUGUACCUUUAACUGUAGUAAUAGCCUUCCCACCCAGCACUGCAUCCUAACUCCAAAGAUGUUCCUUCAUAUAACCCCCAACAACAAAAACCUAAAUGCACCCCUCUAACGUGCCUCUUAGAAAGAUUAGUUGAACAAUGAACUGCACGUAUACUAAAAUAAAUGUUAAAGUGGGUUACACCAGCAUCAAACUUUCCAGAAAAAUGAACCUGGGCAUAUUUUAUUUGGAUUAAGUUGCUUUUUAAGGUGUCUGAACAUCUGUGUAAGGUUAUGGAAAUAAAGUGAAUCAAACUACU